AACUGUUACGUUGGAGACUCCAGAACUCGACGUACGUGGCGUUACUGACAGCUAGGGAAAUUCUACGUUCUUUACGUAAGUACAGGCGUAGAAUGAACUGUUCAGGAAGGACGUGUAAAGAAAGAAUAUGGCUGGUGCGAGAAGAUAUUAGACUGUGACUACAUACUGCCCGCCGCCGCGUCAUUUGAUAUUAAAUCCUGAAUAAAGUGAGCAUACGUUUCUUUUAACGUUUGAUUGUGUGGUCUCCUGGCUUUAGUGAGGUCAACAUGCUGUUGCAGAGGCUUGCCUUGUGCUCAAGGCUGAAGGUGGGGAAAUGGAACGCUUCAGUAAACGCUUGUCCCCGGUUAUCCAGAGCUGCCUCCCAGGCCAAACAUCUGCCUGUCUGUGCGUCACUCAGACACGCCGCUGUGCGGCACUGGAGUAACGUCCCUUUCAUUACAGUGCCGCUCACGCGCGCCCACGGUAAGUCCUUCGCCCACCGCAGCGAGCUGAAGCAGGCCAAGCGCAUCGUGGUGAAGCUGGGCAGCGCCGUGGUCACCCGCGGCGACGAGUGCGGCCUGGCCCUGGGACGCCUGGCCUCCAUAGUGGAGCAGGUGGCGGUUCUGCAGAACCAGGGCAGGGAGAUGAUGAUAGUGACCAGCGGUGCAGUGGCGUUUGGAAAACAGCGGCUGAGACACGAGAUCCUGCUCUCUCAGAGCGUCCGACAGGCUCUGCACUCUGGCCAGAACCAGCUGAAACACAUGACGGUUCCGGUUCUGGAGGCCCGGGCGUGUGCGGCUGCGGGCCAGAGUGGCCUGAUGGCCCUGUAUGAAGCCAUGUUCACCCAGUACAGCACCUGCACUGCCCAGAUCCUGGUUACGAACCUGGACUUCCAUGACGAGCAGAAGAGGCGGAACCUGAACAGCACGCUGCACGAGCUCCUGCGCAUGAACAUCGUGCCCAUCAUCAACACCAACGACGCCGUGGUCCCCCCGCCCGAACCCAACAGCGACCUGCAGGGGGUAAACGUGAUCAGCAUCAAGGACAACGACAGCCUGGCGGCCCGCCUCGCCGUGGAGAUGAAGGCAGACCUGCUCAUCGCUCUCUCUGAUGUGGAAGGGCUGUACGACAGCCCCCCAGGGUUGGACGACGCCAAGCUCAUUGAUAUUUUCUAUCCUGGCGACCAGCAAUCCAUCACCUACGGGACAAAGUCCAGAGUUGGAAUUGGAGGCAUGGAGGCGAAGGUCAAAGCAGCGCUGUGGGCCCUACAGGGGGGCACGUCCGUCGUCAUUGCCAACGGCACGCACCCCAAAGUCACGGGCCACGUCAUCACAGACAUCGUCGAGGGAAAGAAAGUGGGGACGUUCUUCUCCGAGGUCAAACCAGCUGGCCCCACUGUGGAGCAGCAGGCGGAGAUGGCGCGGCACGGCGGCCGGACGCUGGCGGCGCUCCUGCCUGAACAGAGAAGCGAGGUCAUCUGCUACCUGGCGGACCUCCUGACUGAGAAGAAGGAUGAGAUCCUGGAUGCGAACAAGAAAGACAUGGAUCUGGCUGCCAGUACAGGCAGGCUAACUCCGCCCCUGUUGAAGAGGCUGAGCCUGUCCUCGGCCAAGCUGAACAGCCUGGCCAUCGGCCUGCGCCAGAUCGCCGUGUCGUCCCAGGACAGCGUGGGCCGCGUCAUCCGCCGCACCCGCGUGGCCAACAACCUGGAGCUGGAGCAGAUCACCGUGCCCAUCGGCGUGCUGCUCGUCAUCUUCGAGUCCCGCCCAGACUGCCUCCCCCAGGUUUCUGCUCUGGCCAUCGCCAGCGGCAACGCACUUCUGCUGAAAGGAGGGAAGGAGGCGGCCAACACCAACCGCAUCCUGCACCAGCUGACCCAGGAAGCGCUCUCCAUCCACGGGGUCAAGGAUGCUGUGCAGCUGGUGAGCACCAGGGAGGAGGUUGAGGACCUCUGCCGGCUGGAUAAGCUCAUCGAUUUGAUCAUCCCGCGCGGCUCCUCCCAGCUGGUGAGGGACAUCCAGAGGGCGGCCAAGGGCAUCCCGGUCCUCGGCCACAGCGAGGGCGUCUGCCACGUGUACGUGGACUCAGACGCCAGCAUCGACAAGGUCAUCAAGAUCGUCAGAGACUCUAAAUGUGACUACCCUGCGGCCUGCAAUGCCAUGGAGACGCUGUUGGUGCACAGAGAUCUGCUGAGGUCCCCUGUGUUCGAUCAGAUAAUAGACAUGCUGAGAGUGGAACGGGUGAAGAUCCACGCGGGGCCCAGGUUCGCGUCCUACCUGACCUUCAGCCCCUCGGAGGUCAAAUCCCUGCGCACGGAGUACGGAGACCUGGAGUGCUGCAUCGAGGUGGUGGACAGCAUGCAGGACGCCAUCGACCACAUCCACAAGUACGGCAGCUCCCACACCGACGUCAUCGUCACGGAGAACGAAGAGACGGCCGAGCAGUUCCUCCAGCAGCUGGACAGCGCGUGCGUGUUCUGGAACGCCAGCUCGCGAUUCGCCGACGGAUACCGCUUCGGACUGGGGGCGGAGGUGGGCAUCAGCACAGCGCGCAUCCACGCCCGGGGCCCUGUGGGCCUGGAGGGGCUCCUGACCACCAAGUGGGUCCUGCGUGGCGACGGGCACACGGCCGCUGACUUCUCCGAGCAGGGCAGCAUGAAGUUCCUGCACGAGAACAUCCCCAUCGCCCCAGGCCUGCCUGGACAGAGGACCUCCAACUAAACACUCCUCCCUCCCCUCCUCUCCCUUCCUCUCCCAAGCCAAAACAUCCCUUCAGGACCUGCUUCUAUGACACAAAGGUCAACCUUCAAUACUGAGGUCAUUCAAGGAAUCCAGACGCACUUCUGCCCCAGCUAUAACCUCUGACUUCCCCUAUGAACUGUUCAGUGGACUGCCCUGGCUUCUUCAUGUGUAGCUUCAUUUCCAAUCCUGGGGGGAAACAAGGUUUUUUUUUUUAAACUUAAGUUCCCCUUUUUUUAUAUGAACUGAACUAAAGAAUCUGAGAUGGAUGACAGAUUUUCUCCUGACCCUGAUAUUUUUCAUUGUACAAUUCAAUGUCUUCAUUUCAUUUGGGAAUUCAAGUCACCUGAGGUUCCAGGUGUGAGUUAGUUGGUGUGAGAGACAGUUUAGUCUCGAACUGGGUAAACUUUUCCCAGGUGUAAAAGAGCAACUCGGUUAGGGGGUGUUAGACACACCCUUAGAGUAACUGUUAAAAAGCCGUUGUAAGGCAAUACAGGAAGACCGCUAUGGACGUGACUGUUUUGGGGCUGGAACUGAAGAAGCACUAUAAGAGGAUAACCCACCACAGCUGAUGGACUUAGUUCUCAUCCCGAGUGAAGUGCAUAUGCUGAAUUUCACAUUCAUGCAGUUUUAUUUUUGUCCCAAGGAAUUCACGCACGCACCUGGCUCAGGGUAACAAAAGCAGUGUGCCUGCCCAGGAUUGUAACCACAGCGUUCUGGUUUUGGGGCCAUUUUCUCUCCUGAUUUUGCCAUGUGUCAGACGCCAUUUAUCAUUGAAUUUGACAGCGGUAUAGGAAAGGUGGAGGGCCACCUGAAUAUUGGGACUAUUCUGCCCCCCCACACUCCCACUAUUGCUUAAAAUUUAUUUUUAUUUUUUUUGUAUUUUGUCGUAGUCCUCUCUGUGUGGGUUCCUUUUGUGGGGCCUGUGAUUUGGAGCUUCCUCCUCUGUCCUCUCAGGGUCCCGAGCCGCAGCCUUGGGGACCUGGCGCCUUCUCUCCGCUUCUCCCUUGCCCAUUGAAUGGGCAUCCUGUCAGCACAGAGCACAGGAAGGUUACAGAAUGACCUCAUUUCCUGUGCAGUAGGACAUUCUUUUGGGUCAUGUAAAUUAUGGCAGGUGUCACAGAAUAAAGUUUUUGGUCAAUGA